AUGCAACCACACAAUAUGGAGAACCCUGAAAACGGGCUCAAUGCCCACCAUAGUGGCCCUGCUGAUUCGCAAACCGCAAUCUCGCGACCGUUCACGCUGCAAGAAUCUCUUCCUUACUCUCCCCAGACCUCGACUGUGCCCUUCGUUUCUGAAAUCAUUCCCGAUCCCAACAUAGGGUUUGGCUCACCGGCCCCAUCCGUUUCCGAUCUCUUUUCCCAAAACGACUUCAACCGACUGAACAAAGAGGCGCUUGGGCAGCCUCACUUGCCGCGGAAUACGAAGCAGGCAGUUGACCUGGUUCUGCACGAGAUAAAACCUUCGCAGAGGACACACUACCACUUCAAGUCCAUCAUCACAGGGCAAGCGACUUCUCGACCUGGUAGUCUCUCACAUGGGCUAUCCCCCAUUGCACGAGCGGUAUACGAGAAAGUCGGCGGGUAUUUCAAAGCCACCAAGCCAAACCUUGCGAGUCCUCAGAGUGUUAGCAUCAACGGCGACAAAAGCCGGAUAUUCCUAAAGGACGAAAUAUCGUCUGGCGUCAUUGAUACCCCAACAGCAGCCACAGACAAUUACAAGGCACCAAGACAACACCAGUCAAGGAUAGAGGUGCUGAUAUCCUCAAGAAGAGACUUCGAUCCGUCAGCGUACGUUGACACUACUGGAUCUUCCUAUCCUACCAAAGGUUCCCCUGAACCGCCGAAUAGACAACCUCCCUUGACAUUGCCUGUGACACCAGAAGACUCACUUCAUGCCGGCUCAACAACUUCUGAUGCCAACUACCAAAACUCUGCCUCGAUCCGGGUAGAGCUUCCAUCUUUUAACAUAAAAAAAGACGAAUAUCUGGAAAUUGCAGAUCUACCAUCUGCCCCGGACAACCUAUCCGUUCGCAAAACAGCACAGCAUCUAGCAGCUAGUGCCCAAGGGCUUGUUAGCAGCGCCAGUCUCGAUCAGCAACAGCGAGCUGACACUGCCCUUGAAGCACUUGAGCUGCUCAUGCGCAGUGUUUUUUCGGCGGUCGGGCGUGCUCUUGGAAUGGACUCGGGAUACGACCACGUCGUGACACUGACCUCUGACAACCAAAUCAUCAUGAAUAGCGCAACACAUCAAAAGAUCCAGAGUGCCGUCCAGAAAGCUAUUGCACUUAAGUGUUUCAGUAGAGUUCCUGUGGAGGGUCUUCUUCAACUUGUGAAACUGAGCGAUACCAGCAUGAAGCUUGCCGAGGACUUGGAUAUCCGUGUUGAUGACAGUUGGGAUGAAGCUGCCAUGGAAUCAUGGGUUCAGCAGCUGCCAGAGGUUGAGCUGGGGAUGAGAGCUGCACGUACCUGCCUGCGAAUCCUAUCUGGAGGCCGAGAAGAUAAGCAGCUCUACUCAGAGAAUGUCAUCAGUAGGUGCGUCACUAUUUUCAAAAACGUUACCGAAGACAUCAUCAUCCCUCUUGUGGAGCUGCGGAAUUCCGGAACAUCUGCCAAUUUAUUCAAAAUGGUGUUGAAGCAUAAAAAAGCCGUGUCAUCUACCUUUCUUAGCUGCCAAAAGUUGUUCGCCUCACUUGCAGAACUGGUUACCAAGGUAGAGCUUUCCGAAAUGGUAUUCAACACUUUGGAGUUUACAGCCUCCAAGCUCAUCUUCGUUGAAAACGCAUAUUUUGAAAAGGACUCGGCAGUCGGAGUCCAGCGAUUUGAUGGUAUGCGAAGCGUUGCUAUGGACAUGCUCUGCCAAAUCUUUAUGAUCAAGCCCGAACAGCGACAAGGUAUCAUUGACGAUAUUCUUACGUCUUUGGAGAAGCUUCCUGUCGGGAAGCAGAGUUCACGACACUUCAAACUUUCAGAAGGCGGAAACAUCCAACCCGUGUCCGCGCUACUCAUGCGAUUGGUUCAGGCUAGCUCUGGCAUGGUUGAAGAAAAUGAAAGUGGCCGCGCUGCAGUGCUCCAGGCCAUCAACGGUAAAGGAGACAAAAUGGAUGAAGACGAGGAAAGCGAUGGAGAGUUAGGGCGUGCGAGGCACAAAAAGAACCAAAUGAUACCGUCCAUCAGCAGUGAUGACCAAGGUGCGCAGCAGCAUGCUGUUGCUAUUCAGGAGCUUGAGGCAGCUGCCGGUCCUCUCAGUGAAGGAGCUGGUCGAAACGCUUCUUAUAUCGUCAACUUCAUUGUGAAACGCGCCAUCGGAUCAACCAAGUCGGGUGACACGCCAUACCGCCAUCUUUUAGACCUCUUUGUUGAGGACUUCACGACAUGCCUUGACUCUCCAGACUGGCCAUCCGCCGAACUGCUACUACGCCUUCUCAUGCUCAUGAUGGUACAACUGUUCGAGGCACCAAAAACCCCUGCUCCCGCCAAGAACAUGGCUCUUGAGUUGCUGGGUACCAUGAGCGCAGCGAUUUCUCGUCUCCGGUCACAUGUCAAGCGGACUGCCAACACGUUCGAAACCACAGACGUCGAUGGCCUCUCGCAGUAUCUAGCGGCGCUAGCAUGCCACGUUCUUGAACAAAAGAGCUCAUUUGAGAGCAUCAUUGCCUGGGACGGACCCUACCGAGCCACGCUAGAGUUUCUCCAGGCUCGUCUAUCAGACGACCCAUACCUUUUCAGUGCCGUCUCCUUCCUCAUCACAGACUGGGCUACUCGGCUUCAUACGGGCUAUGAUGAUGUUCAAGACAAUGAAGAUGAGAGAGACUGGGAGCUCGGACGCCUUGCGUACAGGUUGCGAAUGAUGAUCCAAGAUCGUCGCUGGUUGUCUAAUGAGUACACUUUCAAGGCCGUGAGCUCGGUUCAAGCCAAGCUCUCAUACUCAAUCAUUCUGCUACGCUCCCCUUUGUUCGAGUCAUUCAGCAAGAUUGUCAAUAUUCUUCUUGGCUCCAUGGCUAGUGACCAAGCAACAGUUCGCAGCAAAAGUCUAAAGAGUAUUACUCAAGUCCUCGAAACAGACCCAUCUAUUCUGGACGGCGACUCCAUGGUAAUUCAACUCAUUUUGGAUUGCUCUAGUGACUCGUCUACGCAAGUGAGAGACUCCGCUCUUGGUCUUAUAGGAAGCUGCAUCACGCUGAGGCCAUCUCUGGAAUCACCACUGACGCCAAAGAUCAUUGACCGCUUCCAAGACGCUGGUGUUGGCGUCAGGAAGCGAGCCAUGAAACUUGCACGCGACAUUUAUCUUCGCAAUCACGACGACGCAAUCCGCAGCGCCAUAGCCAACGGCUUACUCCGACGCGUACAAGAUCCUGAUGAAAGCGUCCGUGAUCUUGCCCGUCAGAUGAUUGAGGAAGUUUGGUUCGCGCCAUUCUACGGCGCUGAUGACAGCGCUGCGUUCCAGACCUCCCUCACCGAGCAUGUGGCCCUGAUUAUCCAGACUGUAAAGACAGGCAAUGUCACGGAAAUCCUUGACAAGGUAUUUCAAUCUAUCCUUCGACCCAAAGAUAAAUCCCUGGAAGGCCCCUUUACCGUCUGUUCUCAUCUCGUAAACAGCAUGUUUGCGCUGGUUGACAGUGGAGAAUCAGAAGAAGGACGCCCAGCAGGCCGCGAUGCUCUGCAGGUGCUCACAAUUUUUGCCAAGGCGGAUCCUAAAUUGUUCAAUCUUGAGCAGAUCAGGCUCCUUAAACCCCAUCUUGCAACGUUUAGUGGUGUUGAUGAGUUGGCGGCAUUCCGAGCCGUCACCGUCAUCUACAAACGUGUGCUUCCUGAGCUGCCCACUGUCAACUCAGAGUUCCUAAACGAAAUUCGUCUCCAGCUCCUGAAGGGCGUCGGAAAAAUCUCUUCCCGCGGCGCUCUGGAUGACCUCAUUGCAUGCACCAAGGUAACUUGUGAUUUACUAAACAAUUUUGCACCUUUGGCCAAUUUGGUCGCGUCAGGUCUAUUGGGCAUUCAAAAGCUGGGAUUGGGAGCUGCGGUACUGGACAGUAAGAGGAUUAAUCAUCUCUGCGCUUACGCCAUCAUUGUUGGCAGCGUUGGCAAGCAUUGCGAUCUGGAUCAGCAGAUGCAAGUGUUCAAAGCCCGGUUCCCCAAGUGGCAGGGAGAUUCUGUCCCUCGACUGAUUGUGGAUGUGCUGAUUCCAUUUGCCUCGCCUUCACAGCCAUUAGAGGCACGCAAGGCAUCUCUGGAGGCCAUUGGGCUGGUCUGCCAGUCCUGGCCGAGAAAUUACGUCUUGGCCAAGGUCUACACAGCUUUCCAACAAGUUUUCCAGGAAGAAGCUCCUAUGCUCGAGACUAUGAUACUAAAGUCUUUUAAAGAAUUUCUUCUUACAGAAGAGAGACGGUCUGGAGCUGCUGCCGAGUCCGGUGCGAAGGAGAAGAAGCGAGAGCUGACGGUCAUGGGAGGCACUAACUUUGACGAUGUCGCCAGCGCUACCACGCAAAGAUUUCUCAAAGACAUUACGCGAAUCGCUCUGGCAAGCCAAGACGAACUUGCAUUUUUAGCAAUGGAAGUAUUGGGCAGUAUCAAUCGCCAAGGCCUGACGCAUCCCAAGGAAACAGGCAUCACAUUGAUGACGCUGGAGACAUCCUCGAACCGCAAAAUUGCAGAAUUGGCGUUUAUGGAACAUCGUUCUCUACAUGAAAAGCACGAAACAGUGCUCGAAAGAGAGUAUGUCAAAGCGAUACAGUCAGCAUACAACUACCAGCGAGACAUUGUCAAAGACUCUCACGGAGCGAUUCCCGAGGUGUUCCAGCCCAAGCUACAUCUCAUGAUGGAGGUCUUGAAGAUUAGUAAGAUGAAGAACAGGCAGCGCUUCUUAGAGAAGCUGUGUAGCCAAGUCAACUUUGACAUUGCACAGCUUGACGCAAAGCCAGAGAUGCCACCGCACCUGGAUUUUGCACGGUUCAUCAUCGAAAACAUGGCCUUUUUCGAAUACCAAACGGUUGGAGAGCUUCAAACGGUUGUCAAUACGAUGGAGAAGAUUGUGAGCACAACCGGCGCGGCAGUAGCCCAUUUAAUUGAGUCCGAAGUAUUCGACGUGCGACUUGACUUGGAUCAAACAGAACAAGACCAAGUCACUGACCAGCUGCUGAGCGAAAGUGUUGAAGCUCAAGCAAGCGCUGAAGGAGCACCUCUGGUUGGCAUCAAGGUUGAUCCGAAACGACUUCGCCAACUGACAACUGGGGCUAUCAUCCUCUCGUGCCUCUGGGAAGCUCGCACGCAUCUUCGACGUCUAUAUGGCAUGGGAACUAGUCGCCACGACAGUAAAGCGAAGGCGCUCGCGAAAGAUUUAAACAAAAUGCCAAUGAAGGUUCAAGGAGUUCACGGAGAGCGAUUCUGGGAUGAGGUGACAUCACACUUUGGCAGCCUGGAGUCGAUGAACAAGAUGGCUCAGAAAUGUAAGGCCUUUGUGGAGCUCAUGAACGUCGACAGAGAGCUCAAGGUGCAGGACGAAGAUGAAGAGAUGGCGUUGGAUGGACCAGCCACCCCUCCAAGCGGUGGCGAAGGAGAAGAAGAAGAAGCUCCCGAAAGAGGCCGCAAGAGAAAAGGCGCUGGCACUCCCGGAGGCCGGAAGAAGCGAGCACGUUCGGGAUCCCAGCCACGCAAACGAGGACGGCCAAACAAACCAGCAGGGGCUUCACGCGAUGAUGACGAAGAUAUGGAAUGGAUUUAG